AUGGGAAGGUGGGUUGGGGAUAAUUGGUGUUGGGAUUUUCAGUGGAGAAGGAACAUGUUUGAAUGGGAGAGAGCGGAAUGGCUAGAAGUAGAAAGUCGUAUCCAGAACAUAGACCUGAGAAUGGGAAACUUAGAUUGCUGGGAGUGGAUAGUGGGGGAUGAUAAAAUUUACACGGUCAAAUCAGCGUACAAGGUCUUACACUACCAGAAGUAUGGGUCUGAACAACACUCUUUGAUAACCUCGGUUUGGAAGCUAAAUAUCCCUCCUAAGGGGGCUAUAGUAGUAUGGCAAAUUUUCAUGAAUAGCCUCGCAACAUGUGAUAAUCUGCUUCAGAGGAACAUCAUACUGCCAGAAUUGGAGAGUAUCUGCAAAUUCUGCAAUGAAGAAACAGAGUCUACGUCCCAUGUAUUGUUUACUUGUAAAGUCUCAGACUGGCUGUGGAAGAAGUGCUAUAACUGGGCUUCCGUCUCAACAGUGCUCUCGGCUCUUCUGACUCAACAUUUUGGAAAACUUCCUUAUUCUAACCUAUCUGCGGCUGUAUCAAAGAGGUGGAGAGUUAUUGUCUGGUGUGCUAUUAUGUGGCUGCUUUUGGGAAAGAGAAAUAAUUGUGGAUUUAAAAGUCAGACUUGUGAUAUCCAACUGUUGUAUGUGGAGGCGCAACGUACGGUUUGGUCUUGGUUACGUAUGGAGAAGAAUUUUAAGUAUACUUAUAUGCAAUGGGUUGUUAACUCAGGUGCAUGCAUCAGUAACUAA